UCCCCUCCAGUCUUGGUGCUACAACAGUCUGAUUUCUCCGAAAUGAUGCUUCCCUCGCCAGCCAAUGCGCGGCCGCAGCUCCCGCUAGGAGCGCUGAUUGGUCGCGGCGUCCCCCGGCUUGACUCUUGCUGGGGGGAAUCCCGGUGACCUGUAAGAAUAUACAGCGGCUCCCGGGUCAAGCGCCUGCAGAAGGAGCGAUUGCCUCGCCGGGGAAGGAGCUAGCUGCAGCGCAAAGACAGAUCGUCCCUCGCUGCUUCGCCUUUGCAAACAGAGAGCCAAAAUGCCACAAGCAAGAAUGCGCAUGAGGCCCUGGCUGGAGACACAGAUUGAUUCUAAUAAGAUUCCAGGACUUGUGUGGAUCAACAAGGAAGAAAAGUUAUUCCAGAUCCCAUGGAAACACGCAGCUAAGCAUGGUUGGGAUCUUGAAAGAGAUGCAUGCCUUUUCAGAAACUGGGCCAUUCACACUGGAAGGUAUAAAAAAGGUGAAGUACAUCCUGAUCCGAAAACUUGGAAGGCGAAUUUCCGUUGUGCUAUGAAUUCACUACCUGAUAUUGAAGAGGUGAAAGACAAAAGCAUUAGCAAAGGCUCUAGUGCAGUCAGAGUCUAUAGGAUGCUGCAAUCUUCAGCGAAGACACAGAAGAAAGAAAAGAAGCCAAAGGCCUCAAAAAUCAAGAAUGGGAGAAAGUCUCUGGAAGAUACUAAGGCAGAGGAGACUGUCGAAGCAACAAACAGCAUUCUGCUACCAGAUGACCACAGAAGUUAUUCUCGUCCCAGUUACUCACCAGAGGAAAUGAAGGUGGAGAGCAGUUCCAUGCCAGUAGAUUCUGAUGAACUCUCCACAUGUGACUUAAGCAAUACCCUGACUGAUUGGAGACACCCAAUGGAAGUGCAGCUGCCCGACAGCACAAACGACACAUACCAACUUCAAGUGUCGCCUUGCCCUGAUGAACAUCACAUAACAGAUGACGACGAUGAAAAAUUAACCAUCUUUCGCCAGCUAUUUGGUGCCUCCGACUGGCAGCAAACCUGUGUGGGUGGGAAAGGCUUCUUCAGCAAUGAGAGUGGCACACUAAAUAACAUCCUAGACUGUGGCUUCAAUCAGCAAGAUGCAGACUUUGAUACAACAAUCUCAGAAACUGGUCAAAAUGAUAUAAGAACUAGUCUGGACUUCUUUUUGUUGGAACCGCUGCGUGUGACUGCUUUGCACCCCAUACCUUGUGGCAUGUAACUUCUCUUUCUUCACUGUGAAGGCAGCAUUGUUUUAUCUCUUUGAUGUCUUCUGUAGAACAGAAGCAUUUCUCUGGAUGUUUGAAGCUGAGAAGUUCUUAGCCAACAAAAUAUCAUCUGAACUUCAAAACAAAACAUCUCUGGCAGAACUGUGUGCUUCUUCAGCUGCUUGACUACAUCAUCAGCAAAUUCAGUCGUCUUUGCUACUUCUCCCACGCAACUAUUCACACAUUGCCAUGAACAAAGGUGUUCUGUGCUUGCAACAUAUGGGCAUACGUUUUCACCAUAACCACAGUGUACAGUUAUCAUUAUUGUCUGUGUUUCAAAGAACUUACUGAGUUAAUGGCAAUUCAGUCCUGUUUUUACAUUGAACGAAAUAUUUCCAUAGGGACCUUCUCCCCAUCUGAUUUCCAUGGUACAUCUCAGCUACAGUUCAGGUCCCCAGUUUUGUACAUAGGUUUAAUUAAUUCAAAUAUGAAAAUCAGAUACAAACUUUGCUUUCAUAUAUUAGGAAGUCAGGACAUUUAUUCAUAGGACAGGCUUCUGGUUUCAUUAUAAAAGACUUUUUCCGUGUAGAUGUCACAUCAGUUUUUCAGUUAGAUAACAGGUUUGAAGUUCUUUCCGUGCUGAAUGGUGCAAUUGACUUUCUCACACCACUAGCAAGAGCCAUCUUCCUGGAUUGUGUUGCAAGUUCAUAAAAUUCCUAGCGGUAUGUAUUCAGGUAGUUGCAGAUAAUAGUGUUACAGACCCGGUUGCAACAUUGAAAUGUUAGAUGAGGGAAGGUGUUGGCUUUAGCAUAACAUCAGUUUACAAGAUUGCAAAACCCUGUUUUUCUGUUCCUUGUACAUAUGUUUUUGUAAAUAAAUGUCAGGCAAUUAUUUUAAUAAAGAUUUUAUAUAUUUUGUCUCCUGUA